AUGCUAAGAAAAUCGUCUCUUCUAUUAAGAUUUACUGAUGACACAUUCUUACCACAUGAUGAAGUAUCAGCAACAAUAGGGGUAGAUUUUAAAGUACAUGAAAUGGUUGUAGACAGAAAGAAAUAUAAAUUAACAAUUUGGGUACUUGUUUUAUUAAAAUAUUAUGAAGAUACUGCAGGUCAGGAACGUUUUAGAACAUUAACAUCUUCAUAUUAUCGUGGUGCUCAAGGUGUUAUAUUUGUAUAUGAUGUAUCAAUUCGUGAGACAUUUGAUCAAUUGGAUAAUUGGUUUAAUGAAUUAAAUACCUAUUGUUCAAAUAAAAAUAUAGCAAAAAUUAUAAUUGGUAAUAAAAUAGAUAAGGCAAAAAUAGGAACUGAAAGAGCAAUUUCACGUAAAGAAGGUGAAGCAUAUGCAAGAAAAUUACAAACUUUAUAUACAGAAUGUAGUGCUAAAACAAAAUAUGGUGUGGAAGAAGCAUUUGCUGAACUUGACAAACAAAAAUCAAAUAAUGAUGGAUUUUGUUCAUGCUAA